AUGGCGUGUCGCCUUGUUGUGCUUACUUUGGCACUGCAAGCGCUCCAGGGACUGUUCUUAGCGAGUGGUUCAGUCCACCCAGGGUACACCAUACGAGACGGAACCUCCUACAAGGUGUUCACUGAAACCAAGUCCCACUACGAGGCCGAAAGGACCUGCGAAGCAGACGGUGGACAUCUCGUGGACAUCAAAACAGAAUCUCUUCACAAUUUCAUUCUGGACAUGGUUCGGGCAGUCAAUCCGUAUCGACUCCAAGACUACUGGAUCGGUUUGAACGACAAGAGGACCUACAACGUUUGGACAUGGUCUGAUGGGACUCUGUUGGGUGAUUGCGGGUUCACCAAGUGGGCUCCGGGAGAACCGAACAACGGGUUCGGCUGGGGCCAGGACUGUGGGCAGCUCUGGGCAGCAAGACAGCUCAGAUGGGACGACGACUUCUGUAACAUUCUCAAGGGUUUCAUCUGCCAAAUAGGUCCAGGUGAAAACGGCACAUGCUCUGGAGGUGGAUGCCACGUUGCAAAUGGCGGCUGUGCUCAGAUCUGCACCAGUGACGGCCCGAACACCAGGUGUGACUGUCGGAUAGGAUACGUCUUGAGUGAUGAUGGUCACAACUGUACAGUUUAUACCAAACAUUGUAUGUUUGGUAACGGCGCCACCUACCGGGGAACUGUUAGCAUGACAAGCGCCAAUCAGACCUGCCAGCGGUGGGACAGUCAGACUCCCCACCCACACGACCAGACCGUCAGGCAUCCUCUCGCGGGACUUGACGAGAACUACUGCAGGAACCCUGAUGGAGAACCCAGGCCUUGGUGCUACACCACAGAUCCUGCUAUUCGCUGGCAGUACUGUUCUUUGCCGCAAUGUUUUAGCGACUGUUACAUUGAUGAUGGCACAUCCUACCGCGGCACGGUUAACAUCACGUCCUCAGGCCGGGCCUGUCAGCGCUGGGACAGUCAGACGCCCCACCCUCACACACGGACCCCGACAUCCUACCCGUCAGCCGGGCUGGACGAGAACUUCUGUAGGAACCCUGACGGGGAGGCGGAACCUUGGUGCUAUACCCAGGACCCGUACGUCAAAUGGGAGGCGUGUGUCAUCAGUAAAUGUGACGGAAAGGGAAUCACAACAACAGCGACAACUUCGGAGCGAAUAAAAAUUCUGUCACGACAACAUCGGUUCCCCAACACGGAGUUGAGUGAGAACUACUGCCGGAACCCAGACGGGUGGGACCGUCCUUGGUGCUACACAACAGAUCCCAACAUCAGGUGGCAGGUUUGCGACAUCCCGGGCUGUUGUGGGUAG